UGUAAAUGCAAGCUCUAAAAUUUAAAAGCCACUGGAGGCUAAAGGUUUCAAUAACUACAGACAGUCUCGCCAAUUGUGUUUAAUUCAACGAAGAUUGCGGAACAGCUAAAAGUGAUCUUUUUUAGAACGCAAAGUUAUGCUCCAUGACGAUUUCAUAUUAAUUAUUUCGUUCAUUACAUUGAAUAAAAUGUUCAUGAAUGCCAUAUUUGUAGGGACCCAACACGUCUGACGACCCAACCUCACCACCCUCAGUACCUCAAAGUUCAACACAUCUGGUCACUCAGAGGCCUCCCUACCGCCCAAUAUCUUCAUCAAAGACUACACCAGGAUGUCUGCCGAUGACACACCGACACCAGUGGUCCCCAACCCUUGUGGAACUUACGAAAACCUCGCAGCAGAUUUCGCCGAGACUCCUCCUGGUACAGCUAAACCAACCAAAUCAGAGUCUGUGCACCAAAGUACAACCGAAAGUCCUAAAUAUUUAACAGGGACUUGCAUUGUGUCAGUCUCAAACACAGUGCCAUGUCGUGCACCGAUAACUUCGCUUGAGAUGCCAGGUCCAUCGCCCAACAAAUCUUUUUCGCCCGGUUCUCAGUCUUAUAAAAUACAUCGAAAAUCUUCAGCAUCAGGUAUGGGCCCUGUCAUGCAGAAGCACAACCCACUGCCCACCACCCCUACCAAGGGCGACCGCUUCAAAUAUGCCUUCACCUGCCCUCCACACGGCAUGGUGGGGGCCAUCUCCUUACCUUUAAAAGUUACUCUUUGA